AUGAUCAAUCCAUCAUUACCCCCACGACGAUCGGAUCUCCUCAACAUUCCACAGCCGACAGCAAAACUGGUCCUUCCCCGCCAGCUCAGACAACGAAUAAGAACAAAAGCGCUACAAACUGCGCGUCGGUCGCACCCCUCGCGCUCGUUCCAUCGCUUCGUCCGACAUGACGCCAAGCGACGACCCGCCCGCCGCGUCACCGCCGCCACUCCCGACGGCUCCCCCCAGCGCCGCCCACCCGUGUCGCUCCCUCGUCAAGUGCGCGAGUGCGCCAUCCAGCGCGUCCUCGUGACUGGUGGCGCGGGUUUCAUUGGCGUGCACCUCUGUCGCAAGCUGCUCGCCCGCGGCCACGAAGUGAUUUGCCUCGACAACUUCUUUACGAGUCAGCGCGCCAAUGCGCUGCAGCUGCAGAGUCAGUACCCGAAGUUUGAGGUCGUGCGCCACGACGUGACCGAGCCCUAUGCGUGUGAGGUGGACGCCAUCUACAAUCUCGCGUGCCCUGCGUCGCCCGUGCACUACCAGGACAACCCGAUCAAGACGACCAAAGUGUCGUUUCUCGGGGCACUGAACGUCUUGGGCCUGGCCAAGCGCGUGCAAGCGCGCGUAUUCCAAGCCUCGACGAGCGAAGUGUAUGGAGACCCGGAGCAGUCGCCUCAAGUGGAAUCGUAUUUGGGCAAUGUUGACUGCACGGGCGUCCGUGCGUGCUACGACGAAGGCAAGCGCGUGGCCGAGACGCUGUUUUUCGAGUACCACCGCACUCUGGGCGUUGAUAUUCGCGUGGCGCGUAUUUUCAACACGUUUGGACCGGGGAUGCACCCGUACGAUGGACGCGUUGUCAGCAACUUUAUCAUGCAGGCUUUGCAGGGCGAAGACAUAACGAUCUACGGCUCGGGCGACCAAACGCGCUCGUUCUGCUAUGUGGACGACCUGGUGGAAGCUAUCGUGCGCUUCAUGGGCUGUACGACGUGCGUGGGGCCAAUGAACUUGGGCAACCCGCAUGAGAUGACCAUUCGCGAACUCGCUGCCGUUAUCAUCCGCCUGACCAAUUCGACAAGCCGUUUGGUCUUUCGGGACCUACCCAACAACGACCCCAAGCUGCGUAAACCUGAUAUCACGCUCGCCAAAACGCAUUUGGAUUGGAGCCCCAGCGUGUGCAUCGAAGAUGGACUCAUGCGGACCAUCGCAUACUUUCGGGACUUGGACCUGUCCAAGUACAAGCGGCCAACAAACAACACUGCGCAUCGAAAGAGCGAGAUUGCGAACCAGGCUAAAGAAGGUCGUAUGUAG